AUGAUUGAUUGGUGCAGUUAUGAGAGCAGGCAGCCAGAACGUAGGACUAUUGUCCUCUUAGAAAACCAGGAAAUGCAUACGGAAUGGGAAGGGCAGCUUUCUGACGGUGACGACCUCCUCCCGAGAACAGCCUCUCGCAAAGGACUUCUCCAUCCCUCUCCUGAAGAGAAGAGGAACCACAAGAAGAAGCACCUGGUGCAGAGCCCCAACUCCUACUUCAUGGAUGUGAAAUGCCCAGGAUGCUAUAAAAUCACUACGGUCUUUAGCCAUGCACAGACAGUAGUUUUGUGUGUUGGUUGCUCCACUGUCCUCUGCCAGCCUACAGGAGGGAAAGCAAGGCUUACAGAAGGAUGUUCCUUCAGAAGGAAGCAGCACUAAAAGCACCGAGAACCAAGAUGAGUGGGAAACCAUCCCAAUAAACACAUUUUGGAUA